GUUGACUCGGCAUAAUAUCUUAAAUAUAAACAACCAGAGAAAAAAUUAGAAUUUGUUAUCAUUCGUUAAGAGUGUAACAGGCUACAAGCACGUACAAGAAUUUACGUCUACGUCCAACAUGGCAGUGCACCAGUAUGUCAAUUCGCUGCAGGAGUUGGAGGCUGCCAUCGAGCAAUUCAAAAAUAUUUCCAUGCAAGUUUCCUCGACGCCCAGCAGAAACGAAAACACCGAGCAUUUGAUCAAUGACUUUCCCAUCUUCAUCAUUGUGUCGGGAACCAAGGACGAGAACGGUGUUUCUUGGUGCCCUGACUGCGAAAAAGCUGAUCCAGUGUUGGAAGAGGCGGAGCAGAGCCUAGCCCCGGAGCCAUCGGCGUUCAUAACCGUGUACUUGACGCGUGAAGAGUGGAAGAACCCCAAAAACGUGUUCCGAACAGACGGGCGCUUCCGACUCACCAGCAUCCCGACCAUGCUCAAGUGGCCCAACAGGGAGCCCAAGCUGGUCGAGGCGCAGUGCGCAGACAUCGACGCCAUCAAGGAGUUCUUUGAUGAGUGCUGCCCUCAAGACCAAGAUUAAUAGUUCUUUCGGGAAUGACAAAAGAUGAAAAUGCCAAGGGGGUUAAAUGAGAAUGAGUAUGAUUUUAAUUACGUUUUACAAAGAGCUGUAGCUUGGUGUACUAUAUUGGACGCUCUCUACUGCUUUGACUGGAAAAUUGAAAAAUUGAGAUGAUGAUAAUGUUAAAUCUAUUGGAUAUUAAAACUGAAUAGUUGUGGAGGAUAUCAAA